AGCACGGUCUCCCGCUCGGCGUCGGCCUGGCGGUGGCAAGCCUGACAUUCACUACGAUGAUGCUAACGAACUCGAGUAUUUCACGUUCGAAGAGUGCAUGGUCACCACGCCGGAGGAGUGGCAGGACUGGGAGCGUGAGAACUGCUCUGGGAUGCGCCGCGGAGACGUGAAGGAGAAGCGCGCGAGCUUCGAUGCGGUCCAGGCUGCGGUGUAUGGGCUUGUCUGUGUCCACGUUCGGGAGAACAAACUGGAGACUUACUGGCGCGAUUUCAUGACCGAGCUUGAGGCGGCGAUGGAAGAGGCUGGCAACGAAGAGACGUACGAUGACCUUAUCGACGAUGACAUAAAGGAGUACCACGAAUUGUACUUGUCGUCUCUUGCCAAGGCGUAUGACAAAAAGAAAAAGGCCGAGCAAAAGGUGAACUCUGACUCCUUUGCGCUUGCUCUCUGCCGCGCUGCUAUCUGGCUGCCAAAGAGCUUCCUCUAUCUCUCUGUCAAUAUAUUCGGCGGUUGGGCCUCUUUGACACUGGGCGGUGUGCUGGGGCAUGUGGUCAUGGGCGCGCUCGGCCUUUUCUUCCUUGCCCAGGCCUUCAUCCCUGCCCUCGUCAUCGUUUUCUUCAAGGCGGUCUGGGACCACUCCUUCGGAUCUGGCGACGACUCGGACGGCGGCGGCAGCGGCAGCGGCGGUGAAGACGAGAGCGAGGAGGAGGACGAGGACGAGGAGGACGAAGAGGAAGACGACGACGACGACGACAAGGACGAGGAAGACGAGGAGGGCGAGGAGGACGACUCCGACUAAGCCAGCGGAGUCAAUCCAGAGUCCAUCCUCCGUACCGUACGAGCGAACCUCCCCGCCCGCCGCCCCAUAACGUCCGGGGGCGGGGCGACCCGAUGGUCCUCUCGAUUGUGGCUCUCUAGAUCUCGAUCGAGCUGUGUGAGGUUAUUGCGUGCGGCGCGGGGGGUGUGAACAGCCAUUCCGCGUGGUUGAGGGGUUGAAGGGGUCUGUCAACCACUUGGUUGAGGGUUGAGGCCUCUGUCAACCACGUGGUUGACAGUUGAGAGGCAAUCGGCCUCAACCACCGCUAUGAGUAGAAUUUAUCAAAUAAAU